AGAGUCGACGUGGCCAAUCCUUUGCCGCCACUUGCAGAAGCACGCCUGUACGUUUAAUAUACAUAUAAUAUGUAUGAACUCGCGACGCGAGAUUGUAGAUGCGCGUACUACGUAGAGAGAUAAAUGACGUCGCCCCACCCGUUCGAACCCUAUAAUGUAGUUCAUGCUCUUGAAUUUCAUCCCAACGCAAAGCCCACUUUGCAGAGAUUCUACAUCCGCGCGUGACCUCGUUCGAAGCUACCUUCUUUAUAAAGCUGCAAGUAUAGCAAAAUGAGGGACAGCAUCAUAAAAGCCUAUGGCGUUCUGCUAUGUAGAGUCCUGUACAGCGGCGCAAGAAACUUUUUAGGUGACGAUUCAAGAAUUGAGUUUUUAUUUUUAAAGGCAUCAUACGGGAAUAGACAUUGGACUCCUCCAAAAGGUCUGCACGAAAAUAACGAAGAUGGGUUAGACACUGCCCUGAGAGAAACGCUGGAGGAAACAGGUCUAGAUAGGGACAAGUACAAGUUACUGAAUUAUCAAAAGACUUUAAAAUAUAUGGUUGAGGAUAGUUUAAAGGAGACCACGUAUUAUCUGGCGCUUCUGCUGAACAACGAGGAACGCAUCACUUUGUCGGAUGAACACACGGAUUAUAAGUGGAUCCACAGCGACGAGUCGGCCACGUAUGCCCUCCCCGGGUCUCUAACCGAUUUGCUCACCAACGCGGAGGAUUUUUUGAAGAACAACGAAGGGAUGAUCAUGUCGUCGUGAUUUUGGAAGUCACUCCAGUUGUGGCUGCAUAUGUGUUGCAUGCACGGGCGGGGUUCGACUAUUUAUGAGCACAUGGGUAACGCUCAAAGGUGCCCAUAAAAACCCGCGUGUGUUUAGCCAACUGAGCACAAUUUGGAGGCGACCUCUCCUGUGGAAUGAAAAAUUUGCGUGCACACAUACCAAAUGCGAUGCUCUCUUACG